AUUUUUUUUUCACUUAUUUGUAGUAAAUAGUAUUAAAUUGUAAAUUUAAAUUUGCAAAUAAUUAAUUUACUAUAUAGGAAGUAGGUACAAACUAUUAUAUUUCUCUAAGAAUUUCACUUGGUAUUUAACAAUGUCUUAUGAUUUCAAGAAUGAAGAAGAUGUUAAGGAGUACAUUAAAAAUCUAGGAAUUGAAUAUAGAUUUGGCUGUUUUAGUGAAAAAGAUCCUCAAAGUAAAAUUAUAAAAAUCAAUAUUCUACUUUCUUAGUUUAUUAAUUAUAUUUUAAUGAUUUAUAGUAUGUCAGUUACUCGGUGAUUAUUUAGAGGCUAUUGAAAAUAACCCAGAUAAAGCAGCCAAAAUAUUUAAAGAAAAUUGUGAUAAUAAUAAUUUUGGACGCAGUUGCAAUAAGUAUGCUGCCUAUAUAGAAAAAAAAAACUUGAAAAAUCUUAAACCUGUACUGCCUGAGGUAUAUAGCAAAUCAAUUUAAUGUAUGCUAUUCUACAACUUGAUUGUUUAAAAAAAUUAUUUAUAUAUUUUUAUUAAAAAAUAUCUAUUAUUUAUUACUUCCACAGAUGAUAAAGUAUUAUAAGAAAGGCUGUGAAUUUAAUUGGUCAGAUGGAUGUUUCGGUGCUGGAAUGAAAUUACGCUAUUAUAGUGAUUUAAUAAAUGAUGUUGAUGAACGGACAAAAUGUUUGUUAGAGGCAAGUUUUAGUUAACAAUAUAUUAUUGAAAGUGAAUUAACAAAUCUAAUUAUUGCUAUAGAGUCUACAACAUUUGGAAAAAGCUUGUAAUAAUCGUCAUUCAGAAGCAUGUUAUGUUGCUAGCAAUAUCCAUUUUCUUGGCAUUGAGGAAAUUGGAUUAAAACCAAAUAAAACAAAAUUUGCAGAAUAUUCAGUAAAAGCUUGUGAACAAAAUGAAAUAAAAGGUUGUAUUAAUGCAUCAAUUGUAUAUAAAAAAGGAGACGGUGUACCUAUGGACACGGAACUUGCUCAAAAGUUUAAAGAAAAAGCAUUAGACUUACAGAGACAAAUUCAUGAAGAAAAAGGCAUACAAUUUAGUUAAUGUUUUUUUUUUUAGAUAUUUAAAUAGUCAAGUGAUGUGAGAGAAUCUUAAUUAUGCUGAUUAGAAUGUUAAAUUAUUAAUUGUUAAAUAUAUUAAUUUGUAGAUAUUGCAUUUAAAAAAAAAAUUUAUUGCCUAAUACCUACAUUUUAAAAUUAAAAUAAAUUUAGUUUAUUCAUACGAAGUCUGUUCAAAAAGUUCAGGAACUAUUUGAAUUUAGUACCCAAAAGUAGUAAGAUUGAUAUCACUGGUUUCUGUGACUCCUCUUGAGUACAUUUGUAUUUAUAGAUUCUUUAUAACUUUUUAUUGAUGUAACUGGUGUAUAUUAAACUAUUUUUUUUUUUUUUUACAAUUGGUGAUUUUGUAAUAAAUUCAAAAGAAGAAGAGCUUUGCGGUUGAGGGGUUGGUUGAAGGUUAUUCUUUUAUUUUUCUCAUGUAUUUAAUUUUCUAUAUAUUUCUUAUAAGAUCAAAUAUUUAAAAAAAAUUUGGAAAGAAAAAUUAAUUAUAACUACCUUGUCUACAAAUAUUAUUCAGCUUGUACAUAACAUAUUUUAGAUUAUUAUGAUUCUUGUACCCCAUUUUAAUAAAUAUUAAAUGUUCGGAAAAUAUAAAUCCAUCCAUUUUGCUUAAUUAAUCACUGUUUUAUACAACUACUAAUAUAAAAUUUCAUGAGUUCAUGACCCAUAC